CGACUUCCAUAGCCAGCAAGUAAAACCCUCAGGAGAGCGCCGACUCCACGCAUCCCCCUUUCCCUCUCUCUCUCUAUAAAAACCGUAAUCGCUUCUUCUCCUACUCCACGCCACGCUACGCUUCUCCUUCUCCAUCUCUCUAGGGUUUCUUUGCUCCCCUUCUCUCUCUCUCUCUCUCUCUCUCUUGGUUGUCCUGUUGUUGUCGAAUUGAGUUUUAUUGCAGAAAAGAUGGUGAAGAGCACUUUCAAGGAGCAGAGGACUUUUGAGAAGAGGAAGGCCGAUGCUGCGAGCACCAGGGCUAAGUAUCCGGAUAGGGUUCCGGUGAUAGUGGAGAAGGCGGAGAAGAGCGAUGUGCCAGACAUUGACAGGAAGAAGUAUUUGGUUCCAUCUGAUAUGACGCUCGGGCAUUUUGUGCAUGUGAUUCGCAAGAGAAUCAAUCUGAGUGCAGAAAAAGCCAUGUUUAUGUUCGUCGACAAUGUUCUUCCGCCCACUGGAGUUCUGAUGUCAAAAUUAUAUGAAGACAAGAAAGAUGACGAUGGUUUCCUAUAUAUUUUCUACAGUGGGGAAAACACAUUUGGGCAUUGGAUCACGCUAUAAAUAUUAUUUAGUUUAUACUUUUUUUUCCCGGUGGAUUUUUAGAUCUAGCUUGAAGCAGCAUCAUGCUUCAUGGGACCUCGCAUGUUGAUUUAGAGAAGAAGAUGUACAGUUAUCGCUGUGUACAGUUCUCAGUAGGUUCUAAUAAACUGGAAUCACAGAUUCAUAUGAAGUCUCGUUGUUGAGAAUCUGCUUUAAAUGAUGGUUUGCAAAGUGUCGUUUGAGUAGAGC